AAGAGAUGCGCGAGUUCAAGGUAGUCGUCCUCGGUUCGGGCGGGGUAGGCAAGAGUGCACUUACCGUGCAAUUUGUUUCGGGAUGUUUUAUGGAGAAAUACGAUCCAACGAUCGAAGACUUUUAUCGAAAAGAAAUUGAAGUGGACAAUUCACCGUGUGUACUCGAAAUUCUUGAUACUGCCGGUACUGAACAAUUCGCGAGUAUGCGCGAUCUUUAUAUAAAGAACGGCCAAGGCUUUGUCGUAGUUUAUAGUCUGACAAAUCAUCAGACUUUCCAAGAUAUCAAAGCAAUGAAGGAAUUGAUAACACGCGUCAAAGGUACUGAAAGAGUACCAGUAUUACUUGUCGCAAACAAGCUAGACCUCGAACAUCAACGUGAAGUGGAUACUGCUGAAGGUAAUGCUUUGGCACAACUCUGGGGCUGUCCAUUUGUUGAAGCAUCUGCAAAACAUCGCACAAACGUCAACGAUGUAUUUGCAGAAAUUGUACGUGAGAUGAACGUCAGCCCGGAGAAAGAGAAAAAAAGCUACUGUUGUUGCAGCAUCCUCUAAUAAUUAAUCAAAAUCUUAAACCAGGCUAACCAAGCCAUGUUAGGUGAAAGAAAUGCAUAUAGUGGCUGAUCGCAGUACAUUAGAUGAAAUUUAAUAUUCAUCUGGUGUGGCUACGCUCUCUUUCUUAGGCUCAAUGUUGGGCUUGUGCUGUGAAUUCGCCAAUCUGUAAGACUAAUAUUAUGAUCAUACCCAGGAUUUUUGUGAAUUCAAAUAUGUCAAAGACUCAUGCCGUCUCUUGGUUCUUUUUCUAUUGGAAAAUCACAGCCUGCUAUUUGGCUAGCUGUUAAAUAUUUUAAUAUACAUGGAUAGUAUUAUGUGUAAUAUUAUUGUAAUAUAUAAUAGUAGUUAUAAGUGAGCAAUGAAAGAGGUAACUCCAUCAGCAAAGGACCAAUACUCGCGAGACAAAAAAAAUGAAAAAAAAGAAUAGCAAAAUGGAAUAGGAAAGGAUACAGAUAUUGUCAAGGGUGAUAACAGAACUGCCCUGUGGUAGUUGUUAUUUGUUAACAGCGAUAUCAAACUCAAUAUAUCUAGCUUUCUGCUCAAUCUAAAAAAAAGCACCCGUUGCAUAUUUGUUCCAAUCCAUGAACCUCUAUUACUCACAGGUUAGAUGAUUAACAAAACAUCAAAACAAAUUAUUUGCAGAUAUUGAAGGAAUCACUGUGGUGGUCAGCCAUUUUCAAAUAGUGAAAAAAAUUUAAAACAUCUAAAUAUAUAUACUGUUUACCAUGUACAGAAUUGGGAAGAAGAUAGAUUGUCUUAGAUACAUUGUGCAAUGAUUUCUAUUAAUGAUAUAUUAUCUAUGCUCAAUUGUCAGAGGCUGCAGUAAAAAAUACAUUUUAUAAAGGACUCGAAUGGUGUGUCGUUAAUGGUAUUGAUAUUGAUUGUACAGUUUUAAUAAUAUAAAUACAUUUUAUUGAGAUGAAUAUUAAAAAUAGUCACUUUAAUUGGUAGAAUUUUAUAUUUGAGACUAGGAUAUUUAAAUAGUUUUUUUCAUGAAUUUAA